AUGUUCACACACCUAGCCGUGCUCUGCGCACUGUCGCAGCUAACUGCUGCCUUCGAUUUCCCGAGCAUUGUGCCGCUCGACAAGCGCCAGCAGCCAGGCACGCCUCAGUAUGAAUGCCACGAAGAUUGCGGCGGUGUGAUCACCCAAGCUCGCACCCCAAACUUCUGCGAGUCCGCCAACUUCACCUCGUCCCUUGACGCAUGCCUGGAGUGCGCAGAGGAGUUCAACAUCUGGCAAUAUUACGGCGAGAGCGUUGGUGCUGCAGCACAGAGCUGUGGACUUGACGCCACUCCAGUGGCUGCCAAUGCCACUACUGCGUCUUCGUCGGCCACGAGUGCAGCGACGGACGUCGCAACAUCGUCUGUUCAGACCAGCUCUGCAGCAACGUCGGCAGCAUCGGCAACGUCCAGCAUUGCAGAGAGUGCGAGCGAGCAGGCUGCCUCUGCGACAUCCAGUGCGGCUGUGGCUACCCCGUCUGGCAAUGCUUCACCAGAAAUGCAGAUUUCUCUUUGGCUUCUGUUGGUCACAGCCGGGCUGGUCGGGCUCCAGAUCUAA